AUGAAAGUUCGUUGUUUGCUGAACCUUCCUCAACCACCUAUGUUUAGGUUUCCCAGCGUGAGUCAGCCUCCUAAUUAUCCUGUUAGAAAUGAUAUUCCAGUAUCUCAAUCGACAACAACAUCGUCAUCUUCAAAUGGUUCUCAACAAAAACAAAAUCCUUUGAGAUUUGGUUUUCCAGAUUCUCAAGAAUCGCUCUCUUCAAAUUCUCAUUUUGUCCCAUCUUCAAUACAAUUUGGUUCUUUGGAACCUAUUAAUCGGGAUGGUAUCGGUAGUAGGUCUACAGCUGGCAAUAAUUUACAAGCUUCUACUC